GGGCCGCGAUGCUGCAGCCCGGGGCCGGGAAGGAGUGUGGGGCGCGCGGCUUCGCCCUCAGCCUCGGCCCGGAGGUGAAAGAAGUAGAAGAAACUAUAGAAGAGAUGCUGAUAAGGCUGGAUGAAUUCUGUGGCAUGACUGAUAUGAUUAGAAGUGAUACAUCCCAGAUCCUGGAUGAGUCCAUUCCACUCGUUAAAGCCAAAGUGAGGGAAAUGAACAACAUCUACACCAAAAUUGAUAAGCUGGAGGCAUUUGUUAAAAUGGUUGGACACCACGUUUCCUUCCUAGAAGAACAAGUGCUUGAAGCAGAGAAGACCCAUGGCAACUUUCCUCACUCUGUUCGCAAACUACUUCAGUCUGCCACUAUCCCCAUUUUUAAAAAUGUCUUGGAUUUCCUUGAUUAAUUUGUGCUCUACCCUGGAGCCAGCUCCAUCAUGGGUCAGAUUUUGUUGAGAAACAGAACCUUGCUGCAAAUUCCAUUUGAGAUUUGUGACCCUAAUGUAUUGGGUUAUAGUCCACUGAGAGAACCGCUUCCUUACCAGCCUGAGUUGUGGUGAACUUGUACAGAAACUUAGUUGUACCAUAUUUCCUUUGUUUUUUCUUCCCACUAUGGUGCCCUCUUCCAAUUACUUCUAUAACUAUUGCAUUUUAUAGUGGAGUGUUCUCAGAAAAUCAUGCAAAGAAACUGUAGUCUCUACCUGACAAAGGCACUGUUUUCAGCAUGACCGGUAUGUCUGACUGUGCAUAACCAUGGAGGUGCACAAAAAUGUGACCUUUGAACUGCUUUGGUGUACAUUUCUAGCUUUUAAAACAAUGUUGUUCAUGCUAUAGUGUAGUGCAUAACAGGCCCCAUUGAGAUCAGGGCUCUAUACUGCUAGCCACCAUACUAGUAACAGAUCUAGAUAGAAACAUAUAGCAACAGUCCCUGCCUCUAGGAUCUUACAGUGUAAACAGGCUAGACAAAACAGGGUGGGAGAAUGAAGGGAAAUUGGGGCAUAAAGGGAAUUUACUCAGGCACUGAGGCACAGGGAGAAAAAGCAACUUGCCCAAACCAGAAUAUCUAUGGCAUAACCUGCAGUUAAACUUAUCACCCAAGUCCUAGUGCUGCAGUUACAAGACAAUCCCACCACCACACUUCUUGUCUGUUUUGCCUUCAUAAUGUGCUAAAUAUGUUGCACUUUUCAUUUGAGGCUGUCUCAUAGUUAACAAGUGGUGAAUAACCUGAACAAAAGAGAUAUGUGAAGCAGGUAAAAUUCUUCCCCUUUUAUAAACAGAUGAAUUGUAAAUUAGUGGCAGAGCCAAGAAUUAAAAUCUCAACACCAGGUAUUCCACUUCCUGUAAUUUCUCUAUUACAAUUGGACAUGAACAUGACAGGAAGGAAAGUUGAAAUGGAGCUUCUAGUUUUAUUUGAUACUAACUUAUAACUCGUUUUCAUGUUGUUGGAUCAUAACAUUAUUUUGAAGUGAUGCACAAACAGAAAUGACCUUUCUUAUAAAUCAGAUUACUUUCUACAAGUGGUUUCUGGAAGUGUAUUUUAGGUUAGGAAGAAUUACAUACAAUGCAUCUCCAGUAAAAUAAGAUCCUAAUCCUGUGCAAACACUCUCAAAUGAAAGUAAUUUUGGGUGUAUAUAUGUAUGUGUGUGACAUUACUUAGUGAAUUAUUUUCUGCAGAAACAGAGCCUAAAUAAGAGCUCUUACAGCAGGAAUUGAUUUGUAUUGU